AUGAAAAUAAACAAACGAGGAAUAAUUGAAGAGAGAAAGAAAGCAAAUAAGCUCACAUUUAAAGACCUUCUACUACAGGGAGGGCCAACAGCAAUAAUACUAGCAGUUUCAGACCUUCUAGGCCAGAUAAUAGUGGGGGCCAAUAUGUCUUACAUUAAGACGCCACUUUUAAUGGGACUGUAUGGAUUUAUAACAGGAAAUAUAAGUUUUUUAAUGUACUCUACCAUGGACAGCUACAGCACAGAUAAAUUCAACCGGAUGAGAGGGCUCACACCGCAGAGGGUUAAAAUAGCUUUUUAUAAAAUGCUGUUUGACCAACUAGUGUGGUCUCCUAUCGGUACGUUUAUGUUUAUAUUUGUUGCGAGUUUAGUUGAUAGUUCAAAUUUCGGUUUAAGAAAAGUUGUAAUAGAUUAUUUCACUAUACUAUUUGAUAGCUAUAAGAUUUGGCCUGUUCUACAGAUGAUUAAUUUCUUAUUUGUGCCAUUGGAGAUGCGUGUGCUAUUUAUUAGCACUGCUUCUUUAAUAUGGAAUACUUAUGUAAAGAUAGCUAGACAGAAAUAGGAAUUAAAAAUUAUCAUAAUCAUAUAGCAACCCAAAAUUACAUACUGUGUAUUAUAUAGUGUUAAUUACAGAUAACCAGUGAUUCUCAUUCUAUAUUACUCUACCAAUAGUUUAACUGUAUAAUUAUCUCUUAUAAAGAUAAAUAAUUGUUUCUGGGUGUUUACAGGGUGUUUCUUGUUCCUAAUUUAUUCUUAUGCUUUACUGACAAUGUGUCUUGUAGCAUCCUCUCUGCCGAUAGGUAAAUUAAAUGAAAGG